CUUUACAGCUCGGAUUCGGGGGGGUCGUCGGUUGAAUCUCGUGCAUUUUCAGCCCGGGUCGCCAUCAUCGGCGGACUCGGCCGUUGCACCCUCAGCCACGCUUCCGUCAUCCCCUGCGGCUCUCUCGAUAUCCUUCGUCUCGGAUAUGAAGUGAGAAGAGACGCCGAUUGUUAUUUCCUCUGACUGAUUUGAUCAUUGACCUCAGUCGCUUUUACCAUCCGGCCGGCCCUUCCGCGACACCCGCUUUUACAAUCCUUCACGGUUCCGGAGUCCUUAAGAGCUCCGCCAGAUCGAUUGUCAAACCGCUCCCUUGGAUGUACCUCCCAUACGACCUUGCUCAAGAUGGCCCAAUACUUCUACGACCUCCUUUAUACCUUCACCGAUUGCAUGUCCUGCUUUCCGAGCUCCCCGCAGCUGAAGAUCAAUAACCGGAGUUUCAAGCUUCUACGUUUACUCGGCGAGGGUGGAUUUUCCUAUGUUUACCUCGUCCAGGACAAGAGCACAUCGGAGCUCUUCGCCCUUAAAAAGAUCAGGUGCCCUUUCGGCCAAGAAUCGGUAUCCCAGGCUCUGAAAGAAGUCGAAGCCUAUACGUUAUUCGUCGACAAUAGUAAUAUCAUUCACUCUAUUGACCAUUGCGUUGCGACCGAGUCAGGGUCGAAAUUCCGUUCAGAUGGAGGGGAUGCAGGGUCUAAAACGGUCUACAUUCUUCUGCCAUAUUACCAAAAUGGAAACCUUCAGGAUGCCAUCAAUGCAAACAUUGUUAACCAUACUCAGUUCCCCGAGAAGGAACUCAUGAUCAUAAUGCUGGGUGUGGCCAAGGCCCUGAAGGGUAUGCAUCAGUAUCGGAUUAACAGCGGUGCAACACCGGCCAAGAAGGCGAAGCUUGUUAGGCAAGAAGGAAAAGCGGCGGACGCACCAAGAAGGAAGCAAAUGAGAAAAGGAAGCCAGAUAGAUGAUGAAGAUAUAGAACAGGAGCCACUUAUGGACGGCGAGGUCACCAGGAGCCAGGAAGGAAUGGAAGAAGGUGACUAUCGGCCGUAUGCCCAUCGCGACAUCAAGCCAGGAAACAUUAUGCUUGACGACGAUGGUAAGACCCCCAUUCUCAUGGAUUUGGGUUCAAUGGCUCCCAGCCCAAUCGCGAUCACCUCUCGAUCUCUCGCCAUUGCUGUCCAGGACACGGCUGCCGAACAUAGCACCAUACCUUAUCGCGCGCCUGAGCUAUUUGACGUCAAGACUGGCUCUAUUAUCGAUACCAAAGCGGAUAUAUGGUCAUUCGGCUGUACAUUAUAUGCUUGCCUUGUCGGGAAAAGCCCUUUCGAGGCACGCAGUGACGAAACAGGGGGCAGCCUUAGUAUGUGUAUUCUGGGCGGAGAUUGGAGAUUCCCGGACGAGAAGACAGGCACUGUCCAAGGGAAAAGCAAAGUGUCCCCAGCGAACGGAGCAUCGGACGAGUCAACAAGGGAGAGAAGCGCCAUUAGCCGGGAGGUGAAAGAAGUAGUCCGGCGUUGUUUACGUGUAGAACCCUCUGAACGACCAGAUAUCGAUGAGCUAAUCGAAAUCAUACAGCAGACUAUUCAGGCGCUUCCUGGCAGUACCGGAGUGUGAUCGUGUACUUCCGGAAUUUGGGACCUUUUUCUUUUCCUCCACUGUGUUUGGAGUUACGAGGCGUUUGUCUGCCGGAACUGUUUGAAUAGGCUUUUGGAACGACUUCUCUUUUAAAUUGGUGACUCGGCGUCAUAGCACUGGCUGCUUUCCCGACCCUCAAUUAAAUUUAUAUAUGUAUACUUGAUGUGACUACGUUUCCUUUUACCCGGGUUGACUGACCUC